GGGAGAUGGAGAAGAGGUAUGGCACUGUUUUAGAUAGAGGGGAUUGGUCAGGGAAACUGUCUCUGAAGAAGUGGCAUUUUAUCAACAUUCUUAAUGACAUAAGAGAAGGGAGCCAUUCAGGCGGAUCUAAGGGAAAACUGUUCCAGUAGUAAAGGAGCAGUAAAUCCAAAAGCCCUAAGGGAAUUACAAGAGUGGCUUCUUUGAGAAAUCACCAGAGUGCCAUUUUGAAUUAAGGGAACAAGGAGAGGGUAGAAGAUGAAGUUAGAGGGGUGGUAGAUAGCCAGGGGCUUUGGAGUUGGAGAUGAUCAUUUGCCCCGCAUCAUUCGCUUUCAUUUAAAGCAAAUAUUUGAAUGAAAUUAUCUUGAAGAGGAAUGUAGAUACAGUUGAAAAGAAACCAUAGAUCUGAACUCUACCAUCCACCAACAUUCAGAUGUCCAGAAAAGGAAAAUGAUCCAGCAAAGUAAACUGAGAAGAAUCUGCCAAAAAUGCUUGGACAGAAGAGAUGAGUACUGUUUCCACUAAGGCCUAGAAUUGCCUACUUUACAAAUAGUCCUGAUCAGGCAAUAUACGAAUGGCCCAAGGAAGCCACCAAAUUGAUUUUCAGGUUUUACAUGACCUGCGACAAAAAUUCCCCGAAGUACCUGAAGUUGUUGUAUCCAGGUGCAUGUUACAGAAUAAUAAUAACCUGGAUGCCUGCUGUGCUGUUCUCUCUCAGGAGAGUACAAGAUAUCUUUAUGGUGAAGGAGACUUGAAUUUUUCGGAUGAUUCUGGAAUUUCUGGUCUACGCAAUCACAUGACUUCUCUCAACUUGGACUUGCAAUCACAGAACAUUUACCACCAUGGAAGAGAAGGAAAUAGAAUGAAUGGAAGUAGGACUCUAACGCACAGCAUUAGUGAUGGACAACUUCAAGGUGGCCAGUCCAAUAAUGAACUAUUUCAGCAGGAGCCACAGACAGCACCAGCUCAAGUUCCUCAAGGCUUUAAUGUUUUUGGAAUGUCCAGUUCUUCUGGUGCCUCAAAUUCAGUACCACAUCUUGGAUUUCACUUAGGCAGCAAAGGAACAUCCAGCCUUUCUCAACAAACUCCCAGAUUUAAUCCCAUUAUGGUAACAUUAGCCCCAAAUAUCCAGACUGGUCGUAAUACUCCUACAUCUUUGCACAUACAUGGUGUACCUCCACCUGUACUUAACAGUCCACAGGGAAAUUCUAUCUAUAUUAGGCCUUACAUUACAACUCCUGGUGGUACAACUCGACAGACACAACAGCAUUCUGGCUGGGUAUCUCAGUUUAACCCCAUGAACCCUCAGCAAGUUUAUCAACCUUCACAGCCUGGUCCCUGGACUACUUGUCCUGCAUCUAAUCCUCUGUCACAUACCUCAUCUCAACAGCCAAAUCAGCAAGGCCACCAGACCUCUCAUGUCUACAUGCCAAUCAGUUCACCUACUACUUCACAACCACCAACCAUUCAUUCAUCUGGUAGCUCACAGUCUUCUUCCCAUAGCCAAUAUAACAUUCAGAAUAUUUCAACAGGACCUCGAAAAAACCAGAUUGAAAUCAAACUUGAACCCCCACAAAGAAACAAUUCUUCAAAACUGCGUUCUUCUGGACCUCGAACUUCUAGCAGUUCCUCUUCAGUCAACAGCCAGACCUUAAAUAGAAAUCAGCCCACUGUUUACAUAGCUGCCAGCCCCCCAAAUACGGAUGAGCUGAUGUCCCGUAGUCAACCUAAGGUCUAUAUUUCAGCUAAUGCCACCACAGGAGAUGAACAGGUCAUGCGGAAUCAGCCCACACUCUUCAUAUCCACAAACUCUGGAGCAUCUGCUGCCGCCAGGAACAUGUCUGGGCAAGUGAGCAUGGGUCCUGCCUUUAUUCACCACCACCCACCCAAAAGUCGAGCAAUAGGCAAUAACUCUGCCACCUCUCCUCGAGUGGUAGUCACUCAGCCCAAUACGAAAUACACUUUCAAAAUUACGGUUUCUCCCAAUAAACCCCCUGCAGUUUCACCAGGGGUGGUGUCCCCUACCUUUGAACUUACAAAUCUUCUAAACCAUCCUGAUCAUUAUGUAGAAACAGAGAAUAUUCAGCACCUCACAGACCCGACAUUAGCACAUGUGGAUAGAAUAAGUGAAACACGGAAACUGAGUAUGGGAUCUGAUGAUGCUGCAUACACACAAGCUCUGUUGGUACACCAGAAGGCCAGAAUGGAACGACUUCAAAGAGAACUUGAGAUUCAAAAGAAAAAGUUGGAUAAGUUAAAAUCUGAGGUCAAUGAAAUGGAAAAUAAUCUAACUCGAAGGCGCCUGAAAAGAUCAAAUUCUAUAUCCCAGAUACCUUCUCUCGAAGAAAUGCAGCAGUUGAGAAGUUGUAAUAGACAACUCCAGAUUGACAUUGACUGCUUAACCAAAGAAAUUGAUCUUUUUCAAGCCCGAGGACCACAUUUUAAUCCCAGCGCUAUUCAUAACUUUUAUGACAAUAUUGGAUUUGUAGGUCCUGUGCCACCAAAACCCAAAGAUCAAAGGUCCAUCAUCAAAACACCAAAGACUCAAGACACAGAAGAUGAUGAGGGAGCUCAGUGGAAUUGUACUGCCUGUACUUUUUUGAACCAUCCAGCCUUAAUCCGCUGUGAACAGUGUGAGAUGCCAAGGCAUUUCUGAGCCAAAUGGCCCUGUAUCUUCCUAAAACCACAUCUAAAGUUCCAGAAGCUAGUCUGCCAUUGGGAAAAAGUUUCACUGCUACAUAGGAUUUUGUCAAAUUGAAGGUGUGACAAGAUGGUGUUGUGCUAAUGUUAAAUGUCAGCCCGCAGAGCUAAUAAUACCUCAGUAUAAUGUCAUGAGCAGUUGAAAUUCAUCACAUGAAAAGUAAUCUGCUGAAAGACUUGGUUGCCCACUGCCUAACUGUGUACAGUGUUACCAGUAUCCCAUUAUGGAUAAUUCUCAUAUGUUAACGCCUAGGUGUUCCCAAUACCUUUUUCCCCUCAUGUCACUACUGAAUUUUGACAGGAGGAAGGAAUAGAAUGAUAGCUUCUUUUAUUUGUAAAGCUUUCAGUGAAACACUACAUACACGAAGAAAAGGAACAAGGUUUAACUAUUUAAGAACUGUUUGCUGCCACAUAGUGCCAUUGGAUAGGGGAAGAACUUCAGAAAUCUGUGGUACUCUUGGCCUUGUCUUUGUCUUCCCUGAACAUGUCUCCACUCUGUGAAGCCAGCAUCUAGGGGCUAAAGAUGCAAAGGAAAGCAGCAUGCAUUGUCUGUACAAAUGUGCAGUGAAAUACCCCAAAGCUUUUCCUACUGUACAGAUCUCUCGAGUCUGCUUUAAGUGAUUUCUUUUCUUCUUGAUUAUUUUCUUAUAUUUCUAUAUGUAUAGUGUAAUAGCCUUUUGUUAACUAAUUUUCUUUUUUCCUUUUAGUAAUUAAGCACGAUCAUGUCCCUUUUUAAGCCUUACCUGAGAGGAACAAUGCCUUAAAAUAAAAAAGCAUUAAUGAGAUGAAACUAUGCACAGAAUAACUUUCCUCUACUUAUUCUGUACUUUGCCCUCAUGAGUUCCAAUGUUGUGUGAAGACAGACAGAUGCUGCACAGUGAAUUGCAGAUGAUAUUGUAGAAGUGAUGUCUGUAGGGCACAUUAAAUACUGACUUGAGCAGUGAGUGACACAACACAGUGUUUUUUCUUCCACAGGGAAGCUUAAAACAAAAGAUAUUUUUAACCCACUGUCAGAACAACAAGGUUAAGCUUGCUUCAUCUGUGUGGUGUCCCACAGAGCUUUCACAAGUGAGUGUUAUUGGGAAAGUACAGUUUCAAAACCAGCAACAGCAGCAGUACCUACAGCCCUUUUUUUGGAGAGAAUUUUAAAUGCUUUACUGUUGGGGCAGUCCAUUUCUAAGCCUGACUUGGUGACAGUAUCAUGUAUAUUUAUAAAACAAGGCUAGUCAUAUUUAGGACAACUGAAGAAAAGCUGGAAAAAAAGAAAAGCAAACUUGAACACUGAAGCAACCUCAAGCAUCUCUUUAUUUUGAUGAUAUAUUUUUGUAAAGACAAUAAAUAUUCAGAUGAUCAGGAAUGUAUAUAAAUGAAAUCAAGAAAAAGAAAUAACAAUAUGCAUUUAAAAAGACAGAAUUAAGAAAUUAUAUGAGUGCUUAGAAUGGGGCUAAGGGAAGUGCUGUUAUAGAGCAAAAGAUGGAAGAUAAUAUAGACUAUCACCCACUGUAAAUGUUUGCCAGUGGCUGUGUUUUAAAUUACAGUUGAUCUCUAUGAAUGUCAGAGCCUUAACUUUCAGGCUUUGCAUUUUGUAUAUGGGAAGAAAUAUGACAAUCCUAGAUAAUUAAACCAUAGACCCAAAGCCCUUAUAUUUGAUGCAUUUUGUUUUAAAAAUAGGCCUUCUUUUUCAGCUUCAUCUGCAGUUCUAUGUGAAGAUUGAUAAAUCAGUUUUUACUUGUUUUAUUAAUAAAACGUAAUUUGGAUAUCUUGAGUUGAUGGUUUUGUGAUUUAGCUGGGUAAACUAUCUUUGUAACAGAUAAGUUAUUUAUAAAAAUUAAAAAACUUAUAUUCUAA